CCACUCUACUCAUAAUUAAUUAUUGUGUACAUACAAAAAGGUUUAAUGGAAUAAUCAAUCCGCUUUCGGUAUCGGAGUGAUUCAAAGUGAAACAGUCAAUGACUAUAUAAUUGUAAUUGGUAACAUUAUAGUUUCAAUGAGAAAAUGAGUGAUAAAGAGCCUAAUGGUAUGAAUAUAAACAUAGGCGAUUUGUCAGAUACCAAACCUAAGAGAAAGAAGACUUCAAGAGCAUGUAAUCAUUGUCAUAAGGCCCAUAUGACUUGUGAUACAAGUCGACCAUGUAAACGAUGUAUCCAACGAGGUCUUGAGAAAUCAUGUGAAGAUGCACCAAGAAAGAGGAAGAAAUACUUGUCUGAUGUUCCUAAUACCGCUUUAAUGCCAAAUCAAUUAAAACAUACCAGUACUAUAGAUAAUUCAAGUAUUAUAGGAACAAAUGAUGUUAAUAAUACGAAAUUCCAAGCUACAACUUUCCAACAUAGUGCUACUGUUCCAACAACUUUUUCCAUGGCAGGCCAGGAUUAUAUGUAUUCAUUAAAUAAUUAUGAUCAAGAAGUAAUAUCUCAAGCUUUGUCUCAAUCAAAUUAUCAAAUAAAUCAAUCAGUUACAGACCCAUUAUUUCCACAACAGCAGCAGCAGCAACAACAACAACAACAACAGAAUUAUAAUACACUUUCUCAAUCCCAAGGACAACAACAACAACAAAACCCCUUGGGUAUUCAUUCAAAUGGGUAUAAUACAAAUAUUCCUCAGAAACCUCGAAGAACAAAUUUCCUUUCAAGUGCAGCUGAUUUAGAGUAUUCAACAUUAUCAAGUAUACUUCAAGAUAAUUUCAUGCAUGCCAAUCAUUCUACAUCUAAUGAAGGAACUCCCAAUUCCAUAACAUUAUCACCAGUCUUAUCACCACAUGCUUUAAACAAUUCAAUCAACAACACACAUAGACCUGCGAUAAACAUGGGCUCCCCGAACGAUAUGCCCAAACCUUCUCAUCAGCAUCAUUCUCCUUAUAUUUCAGGACCAUCUCAAACACCAUCUCCAAAUGAUAAAGGUACAAGAGUUUCAGUUAAUGCAUCCAAAUUAUAUGAUAAUCCUCGAUAUCCUAAAUGUGAUGAAUCUAUAAAUCAAUACUUUUUAGGCCCUACUGAAGCUGAUUAUACUCUGACCUAUCCUGAUGUAAUCACUGCUAUAGAUGCUAUGAAGGUAAGUGACCCCGCCGUAUAUUUUGAAAGAAAUUCAAAACUGUCAUUAUCGUUUACGAUUGGUAUAGUUCCUGAAGAUACUCAUUUUUCCAAAGAAGAAUAUGAAAGUUUCUUUAAAGAACCAGAAGAAAUAUAUGCUAAAGUGAAGAAACCAUUUUCUUAUACUCCGGGGUAUCAUUCAUUAAUUGCAUAUUUAAGAAAGAGAUUUCCAAAAGCGAUGUUGGUUAAGAUGGCCGAAUCCAUGGCUGCUUAUAGACCAUCAUUCAUUGCAUGUACGAAUUCGUUAAAAGAAGGCGAUUUAAUAUUCAUGGAACAAUGUUUCCAACGUACUUUAUUAACGUAUGAUAAUUUCAUUCGAGUAAGUGGAACUCCUACCAUUGUAUGGAGACGUACUGGAGAAAUCGCCUAUGUAGGGAACGAAUUCUGUAUCUUAACCGGGUGGUCAAAAGAAGAAUUAGUUGGAAAACAACGGAAAUUUAUUGUUGAAUUACUUGAUGAUAAAUCAGUAGUUGAAUAUUUUCAAUUAUUUCUGAGAAUUGCAUUUGGAGAUUUCUUAGGGGCUACAAUGACAGAAUGUACGUUAUUAACUCCUAAACAAGACGUUAAAAUCAGAACUGGAUGUAUGUGGACAUUAAAGAGAGAUGUGUUUGGUAUUCCAAUGAUGAUCAUAGGUAAUUUCUUACCCAUAAUAUAGAAUAAGGUUUAUUGUAAUAGUAAUAAAUAUACGAAGAAAGAUCUAAUUUUAAUUUUGUGUCAACCAUUUUAGAAUUUGUGUAUGUGGGGGGAGAACAGAACAAC